CAGCGGAGGAGACGCGGCCGAGCGACCGAGCGGCCGUCCGGUGCAUGGGGCCCGGCUGAGGACCCGCCGCAGCAUGGGCAACUGUGUGGGGAGACAGCGCCGAGAGAGGCCGGCCGCCCCGGGACACCCCCGCAAGCGGGCAGGCCGCAAUGAGCCCCUGAAGAAGGAGCGGCUGAAAUGGAAGAGCGACUAUCCCAUGACAGACGGACAGCUGCGGAGCAAACGGGAUGAAUUCUGGGACACAGCACCUGCCUUUGAGGGCCGCAAAGAGAUCUGGGAUGCCCUCAAAGCCGCCGCCUAUGCUGCUGAGGCCAAUGACCACGAGCUGGCGCAGGCCAUCCUGGAUGGUGCCAGCAUUACCCUGCCUCAUGGCACCCUCUGUGAGUGCUAUGAUGAACUGGGCAACCGCUACCAGCUGCCCAUCUACUGCCUCUCGCCACCCGUGAACCUGUUGCUGGAGCACACAGAGGAGGAAAGCCUGGAGCCCCCUGAGCCACCCCCCAGUGCGCGGCGUGAAUUCCCAUUGAAGGUGCGUCUCUCCACGGGCAAGGACGUAAGGCUCAGCGCCAGCCUGCCUGACACGGUAGGGCAGCUCAAGAGGCAGCUGCACACGCAGGAGGGCAUCGAGCCAUCCUGGCAGCGGUGGUUCUUCUCUGGCAAGCUCCUCACAGACCGCACUCGGCUCCAGGAAACCAAGAUCCAGAAGGACUUUGUCAUCCAGGUCAUCAUCAACCAGCCCCCACCGCCCCAGGACUGAGGAGCCUACAGACCCUGGGGUGAGGGGUACUAAGCCCCCAGCCCUGCCACUGCCCUCCAGGGCUGUUCUUUACUCCAGGGGCUCCUCUUUGCCCGAUGGCUGCUGGGCAAGGUCCCCCAGGAAGGCCCCCAGCACCCAGGAUGCAGUGCUGCCACACGUAGGCCUCACCAACCUUGUCAGAGCAAAGUCUGUGGUGGGGGCCCCACCUGCUCCGCUCCACUAGGGCUGGCCCCGAGGCACCUGGAGGCCACAUCUACCGGCGGGUGCUGCUAGCCCAGCUCACUGCGGUUUUCUGCUCAGGGUCUGAAGCAGCUGCUGUCCCUCUCCCCUGUUCUCUGUCUUGGCCUCAGGCUCUCCUCUCCUGGGCCACCUGACUCUGAGAGCAGGGGACUGCUGCAGGCCCCAGGAGCAGACAGCCUGGGCUAGGCUCUGCCUCUCCUUGUCCCCAGCACAAUUGGCAGCGGGGAGGCAAGAGGACCAGCCUGUGUGCAGGGGUCUGCACAGGGCCAUUUUCUGGCUGUGACCCCAGUCUGGGAUGGUCUUGAGCCAGCAGUGGCCUCCCAUAGGUCCCUGUGUACAGACAUACCUGUAUAUUUAUCAAUAAAGCCUUUUGCUCCUUCCUUCUC